AUGGCCGAAAGGUCUCUCAAGGUGGUUCUUCUAGGAGACCAAGGCGUUGGCAAGACGUCUAUCCGCGCGCAGUUUGUGCAGCGGUAUUUUGCUAGCAGCUACCGGGCCACUAUUGGUGCGAAUUUCCUGUCGCAUGCCGUCAAAACCAGGGCUGGAGACCAGCUGCAGUUGCAGAUCUGGGACACGGCGGGACAAGAAAGGUUCAACGCCAUGACGCGAGCGUUCUACCGCGGCGCUGAAAUCGCUAUUUUGGUCUACGACGUGACCAACGCGCAGUCUUUUUACAGUCUUCGGCGGUGGCUCGACAAGAUCCUGGAGCAUUGCAACAACCCGCGGCUCCGGAUUCUGAUCGUGGGCAACAAGACCGACCAGCACGCUCUGCAGCAGAUCUCGCGACGGCAGGCUGUAGAGUUUGCACAGAGUCUGCCGGCAGGACUAAUCGGCGACGUGAAAACGGACGUUUUAGAGACAUCGGCGCGCCGAUACCAGGACGUGGAGCGUGUAUUCCAGCAGUGCGCGGAAAUCGGCCACGAGAUCCUGCUGCACUUCGAGCCGAUUGAUUUUGCGUUCGACCAGAUCGAUCUGGCACUGCCCAGAAAAAAAUACUCCUGCUGCUAG